AUGUCUCAUCUUAGGUCUUGGGGAAUCCUGGUGAAAACUUUGCAUAUCCCAAAUGAAAAAUGGAAAUUCUUUGAUGGAGAUGAUGAUUUCUACCCAUUCCUUCGAUAUUCAUUGAAUAAAAAGCGACGAUGGGAGAUAGAUUUUUUGGAGGAUUUGGCUGAAACUCAAGAGUUUUAUGGAGAGAAUGUAGAGGUGUUGUUUUUGGAGAGGUCUCGAACGGAAGCGUAUGAUUGGCCACAUUACUACGAAACAACUCUUCCAGGACAAUUCAGAAUUCGGGCGGUGCAUCAGCUCGCUGAUUGCGAAUCGCGCCACAAGCAGAAGGAAAUCUACAAAAAACAAGAAGUAAAUUCAAUUUUCGGGCAGGAUUUUAGGAAUUUUGAUGCGUCGAAAAUUAUGGAGAAUAAAAGUGUGGUGGCCUAUAAUUUCAUCAGGUCGCAAGAGAAUUAUUUGAAGAUUUUCAAGAAGAAAUUGAUAAGGAAGAAGGAUAAUGAAUGGCCCCACACCACCGGUUGGCAACGGGUAAAACGACGGGAAGCAAUCGACAUGGAGAUCAGAAAUCUGCAUAACGAUUUGGAAGAUAAUUCUGCAACAGAAAGUUCGGAAUUUGAGAUUGAAUCUGAAUCAAUUAGUGAUCGAAAAUUCUACAACUUGGAGGAGCAUAUCAAAGAGAAGCGGGUUAAACGACGGUGCUAA